AUGGCUAGUCGACAGGCUUCAUUUUUUACUGAACUGUUUUUCAUUUCUCAAAUGUUCCUUAACAUUGCCACUCAGCAGUGUGGAACUGGCGGCGACCUUUACUCGAUUUAUCAAAUGAUGCUCAAGGGCCACACCUAUAAGACGUUCAAGUUUACACCAGGUACGCUGGAAUGCAGAGAGGCUUGCCUCGCUGAUGACAGGUGUCAAAGCUAUAAUGUGGUCAUGUUCAUUGCAAUGUGUGAGUUAAACAACCGGACUAAAGAGGCCAGACCAGAGGACUUUGUCAGGAACGAAGACAGAUAUUACAUGGCAAAAGAUCUAAAAGGAGGUAAUUGA